ACAUUUGAACAAGAAACAAAUGAAGUUUUAUGCCGGCUGAACAGGGGAGGGGAAAAAUCUGUUUAUCACGAAGGUGGGCAGAGAAUAAUAAUAAUAUUAUAGGUAGAUAAUUUGAGCCGUUAAACAAGAACGUGCCCACAAUGGUGCAAGUUCGCAACGAUUUCACGGCAUGGGACUAUGUGGUAUUCGCCGCAAUGCUGGGGGUGUCUAUGAGUAUCGGAGUCUUUUUUGCUUUUCGUCAACGGAGGCAGGAGUCACAGGGAGACUACCUGAUGGCUAGCCGUAGUCUGGGCAUCAUCCCUGUCUCCAUCUCCAUCCUCGUCUCCUUCAUGUCCGCCAUCUUGAUUCUGGGCACUCCGGCAGAGAUGUACAGGCAGGGUGCUGAGUAUAUUGUGUCUCUACUCGGCACCGUUCUCGGCAUAUUUAUUGCUGUCUUCCUGUUUGUCCCACUGCUCUACCCUCUCAAGAUGACCAGCGCAUUCGAGUACUUGGAAAGACGAUUUAACUCCAAACUGACUCGACUUAUUGGAACGUUCAUCAUGAU